AUGUCGAGUAUCGGGAGAGCAUUUUACAGCGUCGGAUUCUGGAUCCGUGAAACUGGUCAAGCACUUGAUCGGCUUGGUUGUCGCCUCCAGGGCAAAAAUCACUUCCGUGAACAGCUAUCCAGGCACCGUACCCUUAUGAAUGUUUUUGAUAAAUCCCCUUCUGUGGAUAAGCACUCUUUUGUGGCUCCUAGUGCUUCUAUCAUUGGUAAUGUCCAUCUCGGUCCUGGCUCUUCCAUUUGGUAUGGAUGCGUCUUGAGAGGAGAUGCUAACAGCAUCACUGUCGGAGCUGGGACCAAUAUCCUAGAUAACUCUCUUGUCCACGUUGCUAAGUCCAACUUAAGCGGCAAGGUCUUACCCACUCUUAUUGGAGACAAUGUCACUGUUGGUAAUAGUGCUGUUUUACAUGGCUGCACUGUCGAAGACGAGGCCUACAUUGGUGCUGGUGCCACCGUCUUGGAUGGAGCUCAUGUAGAAAAGCAUGCCAUCGUUGAGGCUGGAGCUCUUGUCAGGCAGAACACUCGAAUUCCCUCCGGCGAGGUUUGGGGAGGGAACCCAGCUAAGUUUCUGAGGAAGGUGACCGAAAAAGAAAGAGCCUUCGUCUCCAGUUCGGCUGUGGAUCACUCCAACUUAGCUAAAGUGCACGCAGCAGAAAGCGCAAAGAACUUGGACGAGACUGAUUUCCAGAAGCUUCUUUACAAGAAGAACGCUCGCGAUGCAGAAUACGACUCUUUACUCAAUGAUCACUCUCUGAAUGUACCAAAAUGA